AUACAGAGAAAGACAGAGAGAGUUCAGUGUUUGUGAGCGUAACAUUGUAAAAAAGUACUUAAGCGGAGUGGAACUUGGAGUUGGAGCUGUUAAUUAUAAAUAAAUUACAGAGGGACAGAGAAGCAUUCCCGAGUGGGGAAGAAGAUGGCGGUGGUGGUGCUGCAGCUCGUUGCUGAUCUCUAGGCAUUAUUCCAUUGCUCAUCUCUACUCCCAAUGCAUUAUUUAAUCCGUUAAUUUCCUAAAGUGCGCGCUCUGCGCUUUUGCCAUUUGCACUGGGAAGAAAACUUUAAACUUGUGUUUGAGGUUGAGUUCAAAGCAAGAAAGAUUGAGAGAGAGAGAGAGAGAGAGAGAGGCACAGAGUGCAAGAGAGGUUGCAGCAAAACCCAAAUGAUGCAAACCCGAGAAGAAAGGUUUGGAAAUUGAGGCAAAUGUCGAUGCCCAGCUCGAGGCAUUCCCAUUACAACUUCCCAUUCUUAAUCCCUCCUCCUCCUCCUCUGUUCCUCAUAUUUUUCCUCUCUCUUCUUUCCACCAUUCUACCCGCCACAAGCAACCAUGAAUCCUCUGUUCUCUUCUCAUGGCUCCACAGCUCCCCGGCUACCCCGCCUUCUUCUUUCUCAAACUGGAACGUUCGUGAUCCUGCUCCCUGUAAAUGGUCUUCCAUAACGUGCACUCCCCAAGGUUUUGUCAGUGAAAUUAACAUACACUCCGUUUCUCUACAGCUUCCCCUGCCUUCUAACCUCUCUUCCUUCAUCUUCCUCCGAAAGCUCGUCAUAUCCGAUGCCAAUCUUACGGGAACUAUUUCUUCCGAAAUUGGAAACUGCGCCGGGCUUACUGAGAUUGAUCUCAGCUCCAAUGGUUUGGUCGGAACCAUCCCUGCAAGUUUCGGAAACCUUCGGAAUCUGGAGAGCUUGGUUCUGAAUUCCAACCAGCUUACAGGGAAAAUCCCAGUUGAGCUUAGCAACUGCAGCAGCCUCAGGAACUUGCUUCUCUUUGAUAAUCUUCUCGGCGGGACUGUACCGCCGGAGUUGGGAAAAUUGUCGGAGCUUCAAGUCCUUCGCGUCGGAGGGAACAGAGACAUUAUUGGGAGAAUCCCGACUGAGUUGGGAGAACUGAGCAAUCUAGUUUCCCUUGGCCUGUCGGAGACGCGAAUUUCGGGUUCUUUGCCGGCGUCGUUGGGCAGGCUUGGCAAGCUUCAGACGUUGUCCAUCUACGCCGCCAUGAUCUCCGGCGAAAUCCCACCUGAUAUAGGUAAUUGUACUGAGCUCAUGGGCUUGUUUCUCUAUGAAAAUAGCCUCUCUGGUUCAAUCCCGGGGGAGCUCGGAAAGCUUCAGAAGCUCGAAAAACUGUUGUUAUGGCAAAAUAACUUUGUUGGGGUUAUCCCUGAAGAUCUUGGCAACUGCAGUGGGCUGAAGAUGAUCGAUAUUUCUUUGAAUUUUUUAUCAGGGAGCAUACCGGUUUCCUUUGGAAACCUUUGGGAGCUAGAAGAGUUCAUGAUUAGUGAUAAUAAUGUCUCGGGUUCAAUUCCCUCUGUUCUUUCCAAUGCUACAAAACUUGUACAGUUGCAGGUCGAUAAGAAUCAGAUAUCAGGUUUGAUUCCGCCCGAGCUUGGGCUUUUGUUCAACUUGGUGGUGUUCUUCGCUUGGCAGAACCAGCUUGAAGGGAGCAUUCCUUCGUCUUUGGCUAGCUGCAGUCACAUGGAAUCUCUGGACUUGUCUCAGAAUUCACUUACUGGCAGCAUUCCUUCUGGUUUGUUUCAGCUGCAAAACCUCACAAAGCUUCUCUUGAUUUCCAAUGAUGUUUCAGGUUCGAUCCCGCCGGAAAUAGGUAAUUGCAGCUCUCUUGUUCGGCUGCGUCUCGGAAACAAUCGGAUUGCAGGUGAAAUCCCAAAAGAAAUUGGGCAUCUCAAGAGCCUAAACUUUCUUGAUCUCUCUAGCAAUCACCUCUCCGGGCUGGUGCCAGAUGGGAUUGGAAGUUGCACACAAUUGCAGAUGAUAGACUUCAGCAACAACACUCUACAGGGUCCAUUGCCUAGUUCUUUGUCAUCUCUAUCUAUGCUGCAAGUCCUGGAUGUUUCGAAUAAUCGACUUACCGGCCAAAUUCCUACAAGUUUUGGUCACCUCGUAUCCAUAAACAAACUCAUUCUCCGGAGUAACUCCUUCUCAGGAUCUAUUCCACCAUCAUUAGGCCUUUGUUCGGGUCUUCAAUUGCUUGAUCUUAGCAGCAAUCUGCUCAAUGGUGGGAUCCCGAUCGAGUUAUGUCAAAUUGAAGCCCUUGAAAUUGCUCUCAACCUCAGUUUGAAUGGAUUCACAGGACCAAUCCCAGCUCAAAUAUCUGCACUCAACAAGCUUUCCAUACUUGACCUUUCGCACAACCAGCUUGAAGGAAAUUUGAAUCCACUUGCAGGGCUUGACAAUCUUGUCUCUCUCAACGUGUCCUUUAAUAAUUUCACCGGUUAUCUUCCUGACAAUAAGCUUUUUCGACAAUUAUCAGCGACGGACCUAGCCGGGAACCAAGGCCUAUGUUCUCGGGGCCGGGACUCAUGCUUCUUGAGUAUGGCAGACACCCAAGCAAUUGCAAAGGGUGAAAAUGAUGCAAGGCAAUCAAGAAAGCUUAAGCUAGCAAUCGCAUUGCUGAUUACUAUGACUGCAGCAAUGGUGAUUUUGGGAGCAUAUGCAAUAAUCCGAGCACGAACAACUAUCAGAGAUGAUGAAGAUUCAGAGUUGGGAGGAGAUUCUUGGCCAUGGCAAUUCACUCCAUUCCAAAAGCUAAAUUUCUCAGUAGAGCAAGUACUAAGAUGCCUAGUGGACUCCAAUGUGAUUGGAAAAGGGUGUUCUGGGAUUGUUUAUCGAGCCGAUCUGGACAAUGGAGAGGUCAUAGCUGUGAAAAAGCUUUGGCCAACAACAAUGGCUACAGACAUUGGAAGAAGCGACGAUAAAUGUGGAGUCCGUGACUCCUUCUCAGCAGAAGUGAAGGCCCUUGGUUCGAUUCGUCAUAAGAACAUUGUCCGAUUCUUGGGCUGUUGUUGGAAUCGAAACACAAGAUUGCUCAUGUAUGAUUAUAUGCCGAAUGGAAGUUUGGGCGGUCUCCUCCAUGAGAGAGGAGCUUCCCUCGAGUGGGAGAUGAGGUACCAAAUUCUGUUGGGGGCAGCGCAAGGCCUAGCUUAUUUGCACCAUGAUUGUGUCCCGCCAAUUGUUCACAGGGAUAUCAAGGCCAAUAAUAUCCUCAUUGGGCUUGAAUUCGAACCUUACAUUGCUGAUUUUGGUCUUGCCAAACUUGUCCAUGAUGGUGAUUUUGCUCGAUCCUCUAAUACUAUUGCAGGCUCCUACGGAUAUAUUGCUCCUGAGUAUGGAUACAUGAUGAAGAUCACAGAGAAGAGUGAUGUUUAUAGCUAUGGAGUGGUUGUGUUAGAAGUUUUGACAGGAAAGCAACCAAUUGAUCCAACCAUACCAGAUGGACUGCAUAUAGUGGAUUGGGUGAGACAAAAGAGGGGAGGAACUGAAGUUCUUGAUCGUCGCCUUCUUUCUCGACCCGAACCCGAAGUCGAGGAAAUGAUGCAAGCCUUAGGUAUAGCCUUAUUGUGCGUGAACUCCUCGCCUGAGGAAAGGCCAACCAUGAAAGAUGUGGCUGCCAUGCUUAAAGAGAUGAAACACGAGAGAGAAGAGAAUGCAAAGUUGGACGUGCUCGGCCUAAAGGGAUCUCCAGCCGUAGAUGUACCAAAAAAGGAUUCCAUUGGAGUCCCCACAACAUCUUCGUUAUAUCCAGCCACAAAGAGCCUGUACUCAAAAAGCAAUAACACAAGCUUUUCUGCGUCGUCUUUGCUGUACUCCUUGUCUAAUGCCAAAAUGGUUUCCAAGUGAUGGAUUGCAUUGAACUGCAGAUAUAUGCAUGAA